GAAGGUCAUGACUGAUAGAUAAGAAUCUUGGUCCAACCCACAGACUGUGUAAACAGCUCCCACCGCUUACGACCGACUCUGGCUGCAACUUUUAACCUUAGCCUCACAUAGGCCUACAUUACAUUACCUUCAUCGCAAAAUCGGAAAUCAACACGCAAAUGGCAAAUGAAGCCAAGCCAUGCCCCUGCCAUAUUGGUGAUCUGAUGGAGUACGAAGGGCUCGGCCAGGAGAUCCAGAUACAGCACAUCAAAGCUUAUGUAGUGAAACCAUCUGCUGCAACUAACAAGGCCAUCAUUGUGAUACAGGACAUCUACGGGUGGCAGCUUCCCAACACAAGAUACAUGGCUGAUAUGCUGGCUGCCAAUGGAUACAUUGCUGUUUGUCCAGACUUCUUUGCUGGAAAGGAGCCGUGGAGUUCAUCACACGACUGGUCCACUUUUCAGGAGUGGCUUCAAGACAAAUUGCCAACAAACAUAAAGAAAGAGGUGGAUGCAGUGCUGAGGUACCUGAUGGAGCAUUGUGAGGCCAAACACAUUGGAGCACUGGGCUUCUGCUGGGGAGGGGUUGCCACACAUUACAUCAGCCUGCAGUAUCCAGAUGUCAAAGCAGGAGUGUCAGCCUACGGGAUCGUCCGUGAAACCGAGAACAGAUAUAAGCUGAGGAGUCCUACACUGUUCAUCUUUGGGGAGAAAGAUGACGUUAUCCCACUGGACCAGGUGCAUGCCCUUGAAGCAAAGCUGAAGGAGGAUUGCAAAGUGGAUUACCAGGUAAAGAUCUUUCCUGGUCAGACUCAUGGGUUUGUCCAUCGCAAGAGAGAGGACAUCAACCCUGCAGACAAACCCAGCAUCCUGGAGGCCAGAACAGACAUGCUAAACUGGUUCAACAAAUACCUUUAAAUGGGAAGUUUAGAAGAGUAAUUAACACGGGGAAUCAUUUACACACAGCACUACAAAUGUAAAAUGUAGAGGUACCAUUUACAGCGACCUGUAGUCAGUUAUAGUUAGCCAUAAUUUUUGUAUGAUUAGUAACAUUCCAGUUUCCCAGUUGUUUUAUUUUGGAGGUCUGGAUGUUCAUGUAUGGACCGGUGGAUACUGAGGAUGUUAAUAAAAUGUGAAUUUUAUUUAAGCACUUUUACAAAAAUAAUAUGGAUGCAGUAUGUUUUGAUAAUGUAAAACAAUCAUCAAAUAAAAUAUACAGAAUGUGGUA